GUCUCUCUCAGUCUGUCUCUCUCUCAGUCUGUCUCUCUAUUUAUCAGUCUGUCUCUCUCUAUUUAUCUCAGUCUUUUUUAGGAUGGACGAGUUUCAUUGUGGAUUAUUGAUUAUGUUUCUGCUGCAGAUCGACUGUUUACACUCAGUUUACAUGACUGACAGCACAGAUUCUCUCCAUCAGGUUCUCUCAGAGUUCGGAGUCGUUCGUCCAAUCAGGACGGACUCAGAGGGGCGUUUCCUGUCAGCGUCAGUCUCCGCCCCCCAUCGCGUCAGAAGACACGCCCCCUACCAAGAGGACACGCCCCCUGUCACUCCGCCGUCCCCGGGGCCCGGCUGGAGAGGGGGGGGCCGUGGCGCUGGGGAGGAACUCUUCUAUAACGUGACGGUGUUGGGUCAGCAGCUGCACCUGAGGCUGAGGCCCAACACGCGGCUCGUGGCCCCCACAGCGACCAUGGAGUGGUGGGAGGAGUCCGGCCAGAAACACUCACAGCCAAUAGGAGACGCCGGCUGCUUCUACACAGGAGAGGUGUCCAACAUGGAGGACACGUCCGUCGCCAUUAGCAACUGUGAUGGACUGGCAGGGUUGAUCCGGACGGGGGAGGAGGAGUUCUUCAUCGAGCCGUGGGAUCGAUGGAAGGCCGGACGAGAGGAAGACGAGGAGGAGGAAGGACAGCGACACAUCGUUUAUCGUUCUUCAGCCGUCAGGAAACAACAAGCUGUCAAUCAAACUGCUGACGACUUCCUGCGAGGUCCUCUUCUAGGAUCUUUGAACCUGAAGCAGAACCUGACGAAAUCCAGCUCUGCUAGACAGCGACGCUACAUCGAAGAGGCCGAACUGUUUAAUAUAGAGGUUUUGUUAGCGGUGGAUUAUUCUGUUCUUCUUUUCCACGGACGAGAUCAUAUUCAGAAAUAUCUGCUGACACUGAUGAACAUAGUUAAUGAGAUCUAUCAGGAUCAUUCACUGGGAGCGAACAUCAACGUGGUCCUGGUCAGGAUCAUCAUGUUGUCUCCAAUAAAGUCCCAGGAGCUGAUCUCUGUGGGGAACCCUCAGAAGAGUCUGGAGAACGUGUGCGGCUGGUCCUAUCUGCAGCAGAGAGAACAGACUCACGCUGAGCAGCACGAUCACACCAUCUACCUGACCAGGCAGGAGUUCGGGCCGUCCGGCAUGCAGGGUUAUGCUCCAGUGACAGGAAUGUGUCGUCUCCAUCGGAGUUGUGUCCUCGUCUUCGAGGACGGUUUUUCUUCGGCUUUCGUAGCUGCUCACGAAACAGGACACGUGUUGGGCAUGGAGCACGACGGCGAGGCCAACGACUGCGGAGACGACGUCCCGCUGGGAAGCAUCAUGUCUCCGCAGGUUCAGGCCACCUUCCAUCGGUACCACUGGUCCCGCUGCAGCUGGAGGGAGCUGCACAAAUACCUCAAUACGUACGACUGUCUCCGUGACGACCCGUUCAACCAUGAGUGGCCGGCUCAGCCUCAGCUGCCGGGCUUCCAGUACUCCAUGGACCAACAGUGCCGCUUUGACUUUGGACCGGGAUACAGCACCUGUACUGCAUACACCACCCUGGACCCCUGUAAGCAGCUCUGGUGCAGUGACUACAACAACCCGUUCUUCUGUAAGACGAAGAAAGGUCCUCCACUGGACGGGACCAAGUGUGGACCGGGGAAGCACUGCUUUAAGGGCUUCUGUAUGAAGUUGACCCCUGACCUCCUGAGGCAGGACGGCAGCUGGGGCGCGUGGAGUCCGUUCGGCGCCUGCUCGCGGACCUGCGGGGGUGGGGUCAGGUUUCGGGCGCGGCGCUGCGACAACCCAGUGCCAGCCAACGGGGGGCGCACCUGCUUCGGGAACAGCUACGAGUUCCAGCUGUGCAACCAGGAGGACUGCCCCCCCCUCACCGACUUCAGGGAGGAGCAGUGUAAACUCUGGAAUCCAUAUUUUGAGCAUGAAGGAAGGAAACAUCACUGGCUGCCAUAUCAACACCCUGACCCUGAUGAGCGCUGUCAGCUGUUCUGUCAGUCUAAGGAGACGUCAGCUGUGGUUUCCAUGAACAGAAUGGUGCAUGAUGGGACGGCGUGUUCCUAUGGCGACGCUCACAGCGUCUGCGUCCGAGGAGAGUGUGAGCAUGUGGGCUGUGAUGGGCAGAUAGCGUCGGACCAGCAGGAGGACCGGUGUGGAGUGUGUGGAGGAGAUAACUCCAGCUGUCAGAUCAUUAAAGGAAACUUCACACGCAGCACCAAGAAAUCAGGUUACCUGAAGAUCCUGGAGAUCCCCAAAGGGGCCCGACACCUGCUGAUCCAGGAGUUCAGAGGGACUCCUCACGUCCUGGCGGUGAAGAACCAGGACACGGGUGACCUCUUCCUCAACGACGAAGACGAGUCCCCGGAGUCCCGAGUGGUGAUCGAGAAGGGCGUGGCCUGGGAGUACACCGACGCCGAGGAGCAGGAGUCCAUCCAGACCACGGGGCCGCUGGCGUACGGCGUUCUGCUCAUGGUCCGUUCCCAUGGCGACUCCAAGGUGACGGUGUCCUAUAAGUACAUCAUCCAGGACCGUCUGAGGUCCUCGCUGGAGUCCAACCUGCUGCAGGAGGACGCCGUGUUCUACGAGUGGGCUCUGAAGAAGUGGUCGCACUGCUCCAAACCCUGCGGAGGAGGGAAACAGUACACCAGGUUUGGCUGCAGGAGGAAGGCAGACGGGAAGAUGGUUCACAGGAUGUUCUGCUCUGGCAUCAAGAAGCCGAGAGCCAUCAGCCGCAAGUGCAACGCCGACGCCUGCACGUCACCACGCUGGGUGACCGGAGACUGGGAGGACUGCAGCGCCUCCUGUGGUCAGACGGGGUGGCAGCGGCGCUGGGUGAGCUGCCAGCAGGCGUCCAGCAGGGGGGAGCAGCAGCUGCGUUCGGUGCACAGCAAGCUCUGCGGUGACGAACGCCCCGACACAAAACGUACCUGCAACCGCGUUCCCUGCCCCGCCACCUGGAGGGCUGGACCCUGGACCCCGUGUUCAGUCAGCUGUGGAAACGGCACUCAGGAGCGGCAGGUCGCGUCCAGUCCUGAAGGUCCAGCUGGAAACUGCAGUGAUCCUCAACCAAUCACAAACCGGACCUGCCAGGCCCCACCCUGCGGCGACCAGAGGAACUCCAUCAUCCAGUGGCUGUCCAGGUCCAACUGGGACUUCCCUGCAAAGAUCUCCUACAGACAGCGUUGCCGUGGUGAUCGAUCUAUGCUUUGCCGGAGGGAGGUGUUGAGUCGAUACUGCUCCAUCGCUGGAUACCGACAGAUGUGCUGCAAGUCCUGCAGCGAAGGCAACUUCAACAACUCUGACAACUUCAGCAACUUCAGCAGCACGAGCUCGCCGGGCAGCAGCUCGUGGAGUCUGACCACAGAGACGGCGACCUCAGUGUCCAGCUCCUCCAUUGUCAGUGACAUCAUCACGCCACCCACCAGCAUCACUGUGACUCCGCCCCCUGCCAGCAUCACCGUGACUCCGCCCCCUGCCAGCAUCGCUGUGACUCCGCCCCCAACCAGCAGGAGCAGCACCGACUUCGUUUAUGUGGAGUACGAAGAUUACGACGAGUACUCAUCCUACGAGGACCCUGAGAUCCCGAUUGAGAUUCCUGAUAUGCCAGCAACCACCACCAGUACCAGUACCACCACCACCAGGACCACCAGUACCACCAGUCCCACCACUACCACCAGGACCACCAGUACCAGUACCAGUACCACCAGGACCAGGACCGCUACUACAAGACGUACAAGAAAAACUGCUCCGCCAUAUUUGUUCAGGAAGAAAGCAACCACUCCCACGGUUCCCAUGGUAACUACUGACGGUCAAAGGUCAACGCUGGCACCGGUCAGCACGUCUGCCGUCCCAGACUUCCCCACCGCACUGUGGACUGAUGACAUCAUCACCGUGACAUCAUCACUGAACAAAACAUCCGGGGGGCGGAGCCUCAAAACUCAACUUAAUCCAUCAGAACCUGAACCGACCCCGUCGCCGGCGUUCGGUCCGUCCUCCCAGAGAGACAACAACUCGGUGGACGAGGUCUCGUACCGGAUCGUCGGCGUGGACGGGGACGCCGCGAGGCAGCAGAGCUACUUCGUGCCGCGCUUGCCUCCGUUCCGCGAGCGAACACAAAACAAACGCAUCCAGGAGCUUCUGAACGAGAAGCGGCGUCAGGAUCUCCUGAGGCGGCCGAGCAGGAGCCGAGUCGGCAGGACUGAGCGGAGACACGCCGGAUUAUAAAAACAUUGAAGCACUUUUUUUUUCACCGCAUGUGCAGCUCGCUCACUUCCUGCUAACGCUAACGAACUCUACGAGACACAGACUGCAGAGUCCAGCUUCCUGUUUCCUGACACGUUCAGAGCUCAUACUUACAGGUUCUUAAAUCAAUGUCAAGUAUCGUCAACCGUGUCAGACCAGGAUGUGGACGGUUUGCUUCAGCUUCCUGCAGAAAUCCAGAUCCAGGUCCUGAUCCUGAUCCUGAUCCUGAUCCUGAUCCUGGUCUGUUCAGCUUCAGCUGGUUUUCACUUGUUGGUUUCAUGAUGUUUGUAAAAGAUAAUCUCAAAUAAAGCAAAGUCUCAUCCAGCUGCUGAUGUUACGACUCCUGAACCACAAGAUCAUUUCUUUAUGCUGCACACAUGAUCACAUGAUCACCUGGUGACAUGAUCACCUGAUCACAUGAUCACA